AUGGGAAUUGGCUCCACUGUGAAAAGCAUGCUCAGCAACGACUACGACCUCCCUACUUCGGAUACAGCGCCGACCUUCACCCGUGAACGCGACCCUGUCGUCGAGUCUGGUCCUACAAACUCAAAGAAGGCCUCUACCAAGCUUCCGUUUGGCAAGCCAGCACCUGCUGGUCUGCCCACAUUCGAGAAAGAUCCCACUGAGAUCGCCAUGGAGCACGACCUUCACCGGUCUCGCACCAACCGCAGCAGUGCUGGCUAUGGCACUGACGCCGCCGCCGCACUGGGUGGUACAUUGGCUGGUACUCACUCAGGCGGGCACAAGAGGACGGACUCUACCGGCACUGGGCGCCCUGAUCGUCGUGAUACAGUGUUCGAGGGCGGCACUGCGGGCGGCGCGAAAGGAGUCGGAGGUGACCAUCCUGACGCUCAGAAGCCAGAAGUCAACGUCGAUGGGAGGAGCUAUGGCACUGCAAAGACGGCGGCUGACACGAAAGCGCCUGUAGCAAACACUGGUGCUCAAAACGCAGUCAAGACGAAUGUGACUAGUCCCAAGACGACUGCUGGUACAAACGUUGUUCAAGGUCCACAAAGUUCGGCUGGCGCGAAGAGUAACGGUGGUCUACCCAACGGAAAUGUUGCCCAAGAUCUCGGGAUGAACGGAGUUCUCGGUGGUGCUCAUCUUGCGGGGCACACGAAACACAAUCCCCGCGACCUUAUGCCUGAUGGCAAUGCUCAAGAGGACACAAACCAGCUCCAUCCUGUUGUUCAUCAGAAGGUUCGCCAUCUCGAGACGGAGGAAGUCUGUCGUGUCAAGGAACACGAGCGCCACAUUCAUCACAUUCAGCAUCACAUUCAACCCAUCAUCGCUCGUGAAGAGAUGCCUGAGCAAGUCCAUGAGCGUGUUCACCCCGUAACACAUAUUAGCGAGAAGCAUGCGAACAAGGUGGAAGAUAACACCUUGUUUGACGGCCAAGUUCGCCAGACUAAGGACAGCGUCUUCCAUGUACCCAAAGAGCGGUCGGUCGUCGACAAAGGCGUCACUAUCAAGGAACACGUACAUCAUCAUAUCCACCACGUCAUCCAGCCAGUCAUUGAGAAAGAAGUACUCGAUAGGCACCGGAUCCAUACUACGAUCCCGAUUCAUGAGGUUACGCACGAGGCGCCGGUGGUGCACCAGUCGCAGACGCACGCUUCGGUCGCGCUCGAACACUUCCUCCAGCGCGGAGGCAUCCUCGCGGGUGCGAUCUCGCCCGACGAUAUUCGAGGUAAAAUCUUGCAUGGUGGGCACUGCUCUCGGGAUGUCGAUGGGAUUGCAGAGAAAUUGGAGACAGAGCUGAAACUUGGGAAGUCGAACACCCAUACGCACGACGAUCCCCCUUCGUCCGGGGUUGAUGGGAAGAAGGUUGAUCUGGCGAAGACGCAGAAGCAUUCGCCUGCCACUGCCGCUCCGAAUGUCGAUCAACCCACUUCUGUCCCGACCAAGAACUAA